CUAGAUCUUUAAAGCGGGUUAAGAGAGAAGGCCUACCAUUACACGGAGCAAUUUACAAGAAAAAAAAAGUAAAUUUAGACAAAACUCAGCGGUCGAAUCAAAGAAGAAUAGUGAAUGAAUUUCGUAGGAAAUUAAUAAGGAAAUUGGAAUUGUAUUCUUCGGGACAUCCGCCAUUUGCUUUAAAAUUGCCACGCAACGUCUAGACACCAUUUAAAGUGCAGUUGAGGUUGGUGAGGAAUUAAGUGCACUUUCUAUUUGUUUUUUUCUCUCUGUCAAUACUCUCUCUCUACAAAGGAAGAGAAGAGAGGCCCAGUGCAUGAACACGAAACUGCCAAAGUUCAGAGGCAGAGCUUUCCCGUUUGUCUGCUCGCAGCCCGAAACCCCUGGAAGCUUUCAACAGUUCGCGGUUUUAAAUCGCAUAAAUUCUGAAAUACUAGAAUGGCGAGCGAAUUGGAAGCGAAUGGGCACACAAAUGGCCUGUACUCUUAUAAUUCUUCUCCGAAUGGAGCGACGGUGGACAGCAAUGGCGAAGCAGGGCACGCCAAGGCCAGUGCUGCAGAAGAAAAGGUGGAGGAGUUCCGUCGCUUGCUGGGAAAAUCUUCUGGUGAUGUGCUGAAGAUUGUUGGAGUUGGUGCCGGUGCAUGGGGCAGUGUGUUCGCAGCCCUCUUGAAUGAUGCAUAUGGCUGCUUCCGUGACAAAGUGCAGGUCAGGAUAUGGCGGAGGGCUGGGCGGACAGUGGAUCGAGCCACAGCAGAGCACUUGUUUGAGGUAAUUAACUCUCGGGAAGAUGUCCUACGGCGCCUCAUUAGGCGUUGUGCAUACCUCAAAUAUGUCGAAGCCAGGCUUGGUGACCGUGUUUUGUAUGCCGACGAGAUACUGAAGGAUGGAUUUUGUCUGAACAUGAUUGAUACGCCACUCUGUCCACUCAAGGUUGUCACAAAUUUACAGGAGGCUGUCUGGGAUGCGGACAUUGUAAUAAAUGGACUUCCUUCAACUGAGACAAGAGAAGUUUUUGAGGAAAUUAGCAGGUAUUGGAAGGAAAGGAGGACCAUGCCUAUUAUAAUUUCACUUGCUAAGGGGGUUGAAGCAGCUUUGACUCCAGUUCCACACAUUAUUACUCCUACUCAGAUGAUUCAUCGUGCCACUGGAGUACCGAUUGAGAACAUACUUUAUUUGGGAGGACCGAAUAUAGCAUCAGAAAUAUACAACAAGGAAUAUGCCAAUGCUCGAAUAUGCGGAUCCGACAAAUGGAGAAAAGCUUUAGCAGAGUUCCUACGACAGCCUCAUUUUAUUGUAUGGGAUAACAAUGAUCUUGUUACCCAUGAGGUUAUGGGUGGUUUGAAGAAUGUCUAUGCCAUUGGUGCUGGCAUGGUUGCAGCUUUGACUAAUGAAAGUGCAACUAGUAAAUCAGUCUAUUUUGCCCAUUGCACUUCAGAAAUGAUAUUUAUAACUCAUCUGCUUUCCGAACAACCAGAAAAAUUGGCUGGCCCUUUGCUGGCUGAUACAUAUGUUACAUUGUUGAAGGGACGUAAUGCAUGGUAUGGGCAGAUGUUAGCUAAAGGGGAAUUGAGGCCAGAUAUGGGUGACAGCAUUAAAGGCAAGGGAAUGAUUCAGGGUGUUUCAGCUGUAGGGGCAUUUUAUGAGUUGCUUCGUCAACCGAGCUUAAGUUUCAUGCUCCCUGAUGGAGACAAACCUGUAGCUCCUGUGGAGUUGUGCCCCAUUUUGAAGACACUCUACAGUAUAUUGAUUUCAAGGGAUGCCUCACCGCAUGCAAUCCUUCAAGCGUUACGUGAUGAGACAAUGCAUGAUCCUCGGGAUCGUAUUGAAAUUGCUCAGAGUCGAGCUUUCUACAGGCCUUCCCUCUUAGGGCAACCUCAGUAACAUCAAAUUAGUAGUGAUCAGCAUUACAUGCAGGCAAUGCAGUACUAAGAAAAAUGUCUGCAAUAUAUGUGAUUCUUUCAGCUUCUCUUCACUUUGUGUAUAAAGCAUGCUUGUUUACACGUAUGGAAGCUCCUUAUGGCAGUACCACAGUGUGUUUGUGGAGGGGAUUUUUGCAAGAUUUCAUUAAAUUAUAUUAUUUCACCAUAGUCCAAGGUGUUGCUGAUAGGUGGAAAAGGUUGGGAGUUUCACCCGGUUUAUUUACAAGGGAGAGAAGUAAUAAUGCAGGUAGUUCUGCUAUAGCCUUGCUAGGAUGCUAAAAGAUUGUAGUGCAAGAUAGUCUGUCUAUCUUUGUCAGUUGAACAAUUGUAUAUGUAUAAAUAUAUUUCAAUGUGGCGAAAGGCUUUCAUAUGUCAAAAAGUUUUGGAAGCAUUGCUGGCAUUGUGUAGUAGACAGAAGUGCUCAACUAACUUCUUAAAAUUAGCACGAGUCUUUGGAAUGUGUAAUUUAAUGAUCAUAUUGAUAUUUAAAUGAUCACAGUACAAGUCUAAAUAUUCAUGUUUCUUUCUCGA